AUCCCCGAGAGAGAGAGAGAGAGAGAGAGAGAUGCAGAAGAGGGAACAGGGCAAGUCCGGUGGAGCCAGCGGUGGUGGGGCGGCGCCAGCGGCAAAGAGAGGCCGUCCAUUCGGAAGCAGUAACAACAGUGCCGCAGCCGCCGCAGCUGAUUCGGCGGCUCCGUCAACACUUCUUGGUCCUUCCCUUCACGUUCAUAGCUCCUUCGCCGAUCAAAACAACAAAAGAAUUGUUUUGGCUCUUCAAAGUGGUUUGAAGAGUGAGCUUACGUGGGCAUUGAAUACUCUUACACUGCUUUCUUUUAAAGAAAAGGAUGACAUGCGCAAGGAUGCAACACCCCUUGCGAAAAUUCCCGGUUUGCUUGAUGCACUUCUUCAAGUUAUAGAUGACUGGCGUGACAUAGCACUCCCAAAGGAACUAGUUAAGACAUCAAGGGUCAGGUCAUUAGGUGCAAAUUCUGUUGUAACUGGAUUUGGGAAUGAGUAUCAGGCAUUGGGCUCUACUGGUCCUCUUCACCGUCCUGGCCUAGGAUCUGGCUCUGCUGGUACAGAAUCAACACAGCAGAAUGGUUUGACGAAAACUCGUUUUUCAGAGUUGUGGUUUGAUGAAGAUAGUCUGUUUAAUUUAGAUGAUGAAGGGCGAGCGGAGAAACAGCAAUGUGCUGUUGCUGCUUCAAAUAUCAUCAGGAACUUCUCUUUCAUGCCAGAUAACGAAGUUAUAAUGGCUCAACACCGUCAUUGUUUGGAAACAGCUUUCCAAUGCAUAGAAGAUCAUAUCAUAGAGGAUGAAGAACUUGUCACAAAUGCUUUAGAGACAAUUGUUAACUUAGCUCCACUACUGGAUCUUCGAAUAUUUAGCUCCUCAAAGCCAUCAUUUAUUAAAAUAACAGAGAAACGUGCAGUUCAGGCCAUCAUGGGGAUGUUGGAAUCUACAGUCAAAGCCUGGCAUUGUGCUGCUGCUGAAUUACUUGGGCGUUUGAUCAUUAAUCCUGAUAAUGAACCUUUCUUGCUUCCAUUCUUUCCACAGAUACACAAGCGUUUAAUUGAUCUUAUCAGUUUACCAGUAAUGGAUGCACAGGCAGCUGCUAUAGGUGCACUGUAUAACCUUGCUGAAGUUAACAUGGACUGCAGGUUGAAGAUUGCCAGCGAGAGAUGGGCAAUAGAUAGAUUGCUUAAAGUGAUAAAGACGCCACAUCCUGUUCCAGAAGUUUGCCGCAAAGCUGCCAUGAUAUUGGAGAGUCUUGUUUCUGAACCGCAAAACAGAACAUUGUUGCUAGCCUAUGAGAAUGCUUUUGCGGAGAUAAUUUUCACAGAUGGCAGAUAUUCUGAUACGUUUGCAAGGAUAUUGUAUGAACUAACAUCUAGACCAAGUAACAAAGUGGCAUCAGCUCGUGGCAUCUGGGGUAUGUAACUCCAAACUGUGUCAAUUGUUGAUCUGUGAUAUGGCUUCAAUUAGUCAUCAGUGACAUAGCUCUUGCUUCUGCAACUUGGAUAGCUUUUGGACGACUGGUUCAUUUGAAGAUUCAAAAUGUACAUGUCUUCUGUCUACUAUUGUAAAAUACCUUGAGUGUACUCUAAGUUGUAUGAUGACAAAUGUUUUUCUUUUACAUCUUUUUUUCUGUAUAAGAUGACUGCAAGAUUAGAAACUUCAGUUCUUAGAUGUGGGUAGAUAGGCAGUGUGGUAGCUGAGGGAUGGCAAUUUGAAAUGACAUAAC